AUGGGACAGACUCGCGUCACGGUCACCGUACCAUCGACGGCGGCUGGUGUGAAGAAACCAGAGAAGGAAACAAUCCAAAGAAUGAACGACUAUGACUGUGACAAGGAAUUUUAUGAUGCCAUAGAAGAUCCAGAAAAAAAGAUAGAUGCGCCCGUGGUGAGUUACUUGUUGAAACAAAAAGACACAAUCAUCACUGAAUUGAGAGAUAAAAUCAAAUUAUUGUACGUUCAAAUCGACCUUCUUAAUAAAAUCAACGAUUCGAAUAUAAAUAAAGAUAAAGAUAAGGAACCACAAAAAGAAGUACGAGCAAGAAAUGUGGAGAGUCCUUCAACUACUGCAGCAAAACAAGUGAGGCAAGAAAACACAACUGUUGACCUACAAAAAGCAGGGAAUUCCAAAACGAUUGAAAAACGUUCAGCUGAUGUGGUUGAUUCACAGACAGCAGGGAGUUCCAAAAUAAACCAAAAACACAUGACAGCUAAACUACAUGAAUUGAAUACCUUGCAGAAAUGCACUGAAAUUAUUAAUUUAGGUGAUGCUACUUCUCCAAAUGUAGAUAACUGGCAAACAGUGAAAUAUAAACAAAAGCCUCCCAGAAGAAAAAUGAUCGUUGGCUGCAAUGUGGAAUCUACUGUAAAAGGAGUACCUAAAAAUGUGAUUUUACAUGUAUCCAGAGUGGAAAACGCUACUACAGCCGAAGAUCUGACCAAAUUAUUGAAGCCUGUGUUUCCUGAAGUGAAAUGUGAUUUGAUGACAUCAAAAUUCCCGAGUAUAUACUCAUCAUUUAAGGAAAACAAUGGGGUCUGGCAAUCGGCCUUACCCGUCGCUAUGUCUCGCGUGCAAGCUGAUGUCGUUAGAACAAAGCUGAAGCUGAAUCAGGAACGGAACCAGGGCCUAUAUAGCUUAUCCGAUUAUCAGGAUGACGAACAAUCAAACUCUGGCAUCUAA